AUGGCAGAGCCGAACGGCAAUACCAGUAUUGCGGCGCGCAUCGCCGCUUUGAAAUUGGACCAAGUAGGUCGUCAAUCCAAUGGCAAAGCAGGACCUCCCAACAUACCAAAAAAGAGACCGGAUCUUCCAUCAAGAACACAGACGACCAAUGUGCCCCCUCUUGGUGCUCAUGCAUCUGCGGCCGAUGCAGGUCAUGAUAUCGGGAAUCAGCCAUCGACAGGUAGCAUGAAUGGUGUGGUUCAGCGCACGCCGCCAGUGAUGCCUGCUAGAAGUGCUGCUCCAAAACUGCCACCGAGACAACCAUCCGGGCCAGUACCACAAUUACCAUCUAGGAGACCUUCAGAGACGCCAUCAAAUCUGUCUGCAAGACCAGAUAUCAACAGGAAACAGUCUAGCGAAUCUGUAGUGUCGACCAGGUCUUCUACCUUAACAGCAUCUAAUCGGGCUGGUCUAAGCUCGGCUACCAGUAAUUCUGGAGCACUCUUUGCAAUCCGAGCACCUUCGUUUGAUGCGGCAGCAUUGCCUCCUUUGCCUCCUAAGCGAGCGCCUAGCCUGCCAGAGCGUGGCCCUGUUCUGCAGCAGACCAAGUCUUCGCCUAAUGUAUUGCCUGCUCUACAAGAGCCAGCAAGACCGCAAUUGCCCUCCAGGCCACCAAUACCUACUAGGACCCCAUCUUCUUCUCCAAGCGUGACGGAUCAAGGCACCACUAAACCGACCGCUCCUAAGAGAUCUGCGUUAACGAUGGGCUUUAACACUGUCCCUAAGGCACCUUGUGUACCUGUUGCGCGACCCGAGUCUGCCGCACCACCACCAGUUCCUGCUUCAUCUAGGCCUGAUCUUUCGAAGCUACUAGCCUCAAAACCGAAUACUAGUGCUAGUGGAACCACUAAUGGGGCCACAGCUGCAGUAUCGGCAGCAUCAACAUCAAACCAAGGAUCUUGCUUAAAGUGUCGAGACUUCUCCGUCGUUGACGCUCACGCUACACGCUUCCCAAGACAGUCAAUCCCAUCACAAGAUCUAGGAUGGCUUGCUCAAUCGCUCACAUCACCUUUCCCGUCACCGACUGAUAAAGCUCGAGCUAUCUUUGUCUGGUUGCAUCACAACAUUGACUACAAUACUCACGCGCUGUAUACCAACACUGUCAAAGGUUCAACUCCGGCGUCAACACUGGCCACCGGUCUUGCCGUUUGCGAAGGAUAUGCUGGUCUGUUUACUGCACUUGCCUCCAAGGCUGGAUUGGAGAGUAUGGUUGUUGGUGGCCAUGGAAAAGGCCUUGGUUUCGAGGCCGUCACCGCUGGAGCUCCGUUACCUCCCGAAAGCGCAACUGGCCAUGCCUGGAAUGUGGUCAAGAUUGACAAUGGUCAAUGGAAGCUGAUCGAUCCGUGUUGGGGCGCAGGUCACUCUGGAGGAUGGGGUCAACCAUAUGAACGAGCCUUCCAUCCUAUACAUUUCGUUGGCAGCAAUGAGGAGUUUGGACGCAGCCAUUUCCCGAGCGAUAAGAACCGGUUCUACAGGAGCGAUGGCAGACAUACGAUCACAUGGGCAGAGUACCUGUUGGGUGAUACGAAUGGUCAAGAUGCGGUGCAGACCUUCGGAAACAUGACAACAGAUGAAGGCAUCGAUGACCAUUCUGUCUCACCCAGGGUCAAGCAGAUCUCUGUCAACGAUCCACAGCCCUACAUACGCUUCCAGUUCAACAAGGUGUGCCAGCACUGGAACAACGAGCGGAACGGAAAGGGAAAACACUAUUUGUACCUGAUUAUGUUGCCAGAGGGCAAUGGCAGACCGCCGCGUGAGAUUCCUCUGCAGACCAACGGGUAUUUCUGGUGGGUCGAUAUACGGCCUAGCGAGCUCGGACAGCCUGGCCAGGAGAUCAAGUUGGGUACGGUGACGAACUGGAAGGGUCGUGAUGGCAGAGGAAUGGUUGAGAGCGAUUACAACAAGGAGGGCGGGUUCUCGGGUGCAUAUGCGUUUGCUGCCAGAUGGGAGCUUGUUUGA